AUGAUGAACACUCGUGAAACAGCGCACGCCAUCAGGAAGCUACCAUUGCUCAAGGCGAAGAGGUACCUUGAGGAUGUGAUAGCUCACAAGCAAGCAAUUCCCUUCACCCGUUUCUGCAGAGGUGUUGGACGAACUGCUCAAGCCAAGAACAGGCACUCCAAUGGUCAGGGACGUUGGCCUGCGAAAUCUGCUCAGUUCGUUCUUGAUUUGCUCAAGAACGCUGAGAGCAAUGCUGAGGUGAAAGGUUUGGAUGUUGAUGCCCUCUUCAUAUCGCACAUCCAAGUGAACCAGGCUGCAAAACAAAGGCGAAGGACUUACCGUGCUCACGGAAGAAUCAAUCCUUACAUGUCCAACCCUUGCCACAUUGAGUUGAUUUUGUCAGAGAAGGAAGAGUCUGUCAAGAAAGAGCCGGAGUCGCAGUUGGCAGCCAAGUCCAAGAAAUCAACGGCUUAA